AUGUCCGAGCACAAGCCCUUUAUGGUCGUCUUCAAGGAGGGCGCGCCGCAGAGCGCCAUCGACGAGCAAAAGCAGCGGAUCGAGAGUCAGGGAGGCAAGAUCAAGCAGACUUUCGACUCGCCCAUCAUCCGCGGCUUCUCGGCCACCAUCCCCGACGCCAUUGCCAGCGAGCUGACGACGCAGAGCACCGGAGGCGGCCACGAGCACAUCGAGUACCUCGAGCCCGACAGCGAGGUGCGCACCAUGUAG